AUGGACAAACACAACAGGAAAAGCCGUGCCCCCUGGCAGAUGGCGCCAAGGGCAGCUCCUAGGGCGGCGCCAGUCAAGUCCGACACGCUCCAAGUGCCUCAAUUGGGCCGCGGCCUGGCGCCAGACUCCGCCGGCAUGUCCAGGCGGCAAACGAGACGGCUUCUGAUCCACCAGGCGGCAGCUCAGCACAUGUUUGACGCGGCGCUGAUUCCCCCCUUGCCCGAGCCACGUGGCAAUAAUGGCGACGACAUUGUGUCGAAGCUCAAACACGAGUUGCACGACAAGGACGCCACGCUGAUUGAGGAUUUCCACCAGUCGCUCAAGGCACAGCGGCGGCAGCUCGACGGCGAGAUCAAGGCGAAAAUCAACGAGAACCAGAAAAACAUUUUGCACUUGACGGGCGGCUUGAAGGACACGCAGGACGAGUUGGUGCAGAUGCGCGCGCUGGCGCACGAGCUCUACGGCAUCUUGGGCGACUUCCGGGCGGCGGCCGAGCGGCGCCUCGCGCUAGAAGAGGGCGCGGAAGGCGGCGACGCCAGAAACCGCAACAGCGGUGCUGCAAAAAACGCCAAUGCUGCAAACAAUGCUGCAAACAAUGCUGCAAACGCCAAUGGCCGCGCAAACGGGAUUUACAGCACAAACGGCACCAGCGGACGUGCGCGCGACCGCCUGUCGCUUCUCGUGCUAGAGAAAAUGUGGGCGUCCGAGUUGCAGCUGCUCUACAAACACGUGGACGGCGCACACAAGUUCGUGCAGCCGUCUCCCGGCCGCCACGUCCUCGCCGAAAGCGGCCGCUGGCACGAAAUCAACGUCGGCACAUGGAAACCAACAAGGGCCAUCCAUUUGUUCUUGCUAAAUGACCUUGUGCUUGUGGCUACACGGCGUGCGUCUCCCGAAGGCGGCGCCAAACGCCUCCAGGCGCUCCAGUGCUGGCCGCUUGGCGUGGUGGUGUUGGAGCAGCUCACGCCUCCGGCACUGGUGUCCUCCGAACACACGUAUGUGGUGAAUUUGCGCGCAGGCGCGUUGAGCUUUGUGUACCAAACAGACCGCUACGACCAUUUCACCCGCGUGAUGGCCGCGUACAAAAAGGGCCGUGCCGCCGUGUCGGCGCGCGAGCGCGAGGCUGAUCCUGUCCAAGGCCAUCGCCGCAUGCCCAGUGCCGCAGAAGAUAACCCUGACAAGCGCCAGUUGCGCGACUCGCUUCGUUCCGCGGCGGCGCUGCCUGUGCCCGAAGAAAACGGCCUGCGGCCUGCGUCGCAUCGCCAGUCACAGGAGCUUCUUCUCAAGGACCUUUCUGCCCGCGUCCAUCUGCGCAACCGUCUGCACGAUGUUCGUACAGAGCACCUGGCUGCACGCAUGUUUGCCGAUCUUCGGGCAACCGAGGAUAAACUCGACGAAGUAGACGUCCACUUGGCGCACAACGAGUACGUGAGCGCAGUCGGCCUCGUGCGCCACAUCGAGGCGAAGCUUGCGGGUGUAGUGGAACGCAUUGCGCCGCUGUCCACUGACGACCCGGCCACUGACGAGUUGCGCCUUCUAGUGGAUGUCGUACGGUUGAAGAUCGACGGCCGCAAGAUGAAGGUGCAGCAGGCGCUCCUGUUUCAGUUGCAUCACGGUAUUGCUGCGCUUUCUACCGAUGAAAUCGCCAGUAUAGUGGAAUUUUACGAAGCGUUUGGCCGCCUUGACGACGGAGUGUCGACGCUAUGGGACGCAAUGCUGGCACACUUGGCCAACACUGUCGGGCGACUUAUUGGAAGUGCUCACGGCUCGACACGGGUGGACAUAGUCAACUACCUAGCGAACCUCACAAUCGUCUACGUACUGAUCGUGCGGCGGGCAGUCGAGAUCUAUAAAAAAUGUGUGGAACCUGUCCUUGCUCGAGGCUCCACCAUGGACCUGAGUGGAUUCGUCACAUGGUGCGUGGGCGAAAUGUCCCAGCUUGUUGACACGCUCAAAACACAUGCAUCAGGAACUCUCUUGGUAGAGACUGGAGGAAUUUGGCGCGCAAAGGACCUGAAGUACUAUACGGAGCUUGUACGGAUGGUGCAGCCACAAUUAGCAUUGCUCCGUAGUGAUGGGCUCAACGUUGAUUACUUAUUCAGCGACAUCAUGGAGUGUCAGCCCGCAUAG